AUCAUGCUGUAUGCGCAUGUGUAAACUAAAAUAGAUUGCAGCCAUUUAUGAUAUCAAGGUUGAGCCGAAACUAUCGAAGAAUCAACGCAGACUUGGACACAGAAAGACCAUGAUCCAAGAAAAAGUUUUCGUUUUGUUUGCCUUAAUGGCAGCAACAUUAUGUGUCACUCAAGGAUCCCCAGUUAUACUUGGAAAAGGAACAAAGGUCUUUGCAAGUGGCGCCAAUAUGAGCAUGGUCUGUGAGUAUAACAGCUCCUCAAUGCUGACCCAAUCAGACAUACAGAAGCUCAAGUUUUACGACAAGGGUGGAAAUGAGUAUGAUGGUACUAGGAAUUUCAUGCAAAGUUACAGUAUGAUCUCUUCCAAUAAAAUUGCAACAACCUUAACCAAAGAAUCACUGGAUCGUCCAGAUGCAGGGACGUACCAGUGUAGAUAUGACAACCAAGAAGCAACAAAAUUCUUAGUCACGGUGGCUAUUGUUGAGUUUACUACUACGCCAGAUGAGUACAAUAUGACAGCAGGUGAUAAACAGACCAACACAUUAAAGUGCAACUAUGUGGUAGAGAAGGAAGACUCUGUCACCUGGGACAAAGAGGAACUGAUGUGGUCGCGAGAAGACCAGCCUCUGUCUGCCCGCCAUAAAGCCAAUAAUAGUGUGCUCGUCAUUGAAAACACAGAAUGGACUGAUAUUGGCCCAUACACUUGCUCUGCGAAACUGACAUGGGGAGGGGUAGGCAAUCCUUCUUCUGAAACUGUUUCCACCAUGGUCCCAUUGAAUGGUGCACCCAAAAUAGGUAAAAUGGACACUUCAAAAAAUGUUGUACAAGAAGAUGACUUGGAGAUCAAGUGUGAUGUGACAGGAUAUCCUUACCCAAGCGUGACCUGGAAAAAGGACGGACAACCUUUAACCCCAAACAAGAGAAUCACCUUAUCUAGUGCUGAUGGGAAGUAUACUAAUGCCAUAUUGAACAUCAACAACUUGGAGUUUGAAGACAAGGGAGAGUACACAUGUAACGCUACCAAUUCAGUCUACCCAGGCGGCAAGACUGCAACUAUUGUCAUCAGGGUCAAAGACAAACUUGCAGCACUGUGGCCAUUCCUGGGAAUCGUCGCUGAGGUUAUUGUGCUCUGUGUCAUCAUCUUCAUCUACGAGAAGAAGAGGAGCCGUGAGAUGGAGGAUGAAGCUGAUGGUGGUGAUGAAGUUGUAAAUUCCGAUGACCACAAAGGCAAAGAUGUAAGGCAGAGGAACAUCAGGACCUCGCAUGUACAAAUUCUGGGUAAAGGACUAAAAUGGUUCCUAGAAAAUUCCACGUUUGAACUCUUCUGUUCAUACAGCGACGCCAGUAUCAAUGUUGACCCCGCCCAGCUGAAGUUUUACGAUGGAGAUAACAAACAGCUGUCGGAGGACAGAGGCUUCAAGCAUACUGUUCUAUCCUCCUCCAGUAGUUUUGUCAACGUUUCACUGACCAAGGAUGGAAUUCAGGCAGAAGACUUCGGCACAUACGUCUGUAGAUAUGGCAAUGAUUCUCCGUUUAUAGCGCAUGUUGGAAUCUUAAAAGUGAAUAUAACAGAUGCAACUUAUAACCUAUUAGUGGAAAACAAGGAAGACUACACCCUCACCUGUGACGUCAUACCAGCGGUGGACACGGAAAUAAUUAAUUCCGAAGUCACUCUGUGGUUCAAAGAUGGCGUCAAGGCUGAAGAUGUCUCCCCAAGACAUAUCGUGAAUGGAAGUACAUUGAAUAUUAGAAAAGCCGAGUGGUCAGAUAUUGGACCCUACACGUGUGAAUACAUAGUUUUGUGGGGGUCUCACAACUCCUCAUUUCAGUGGAUGGUCUCAUUCAAUGGAGAGGCCCGGAUGGGAUCAGUGAGCGUCUCUUUUAACUAUUUCCAAGACGACGAUCUGGAACUCUCGUGUCCAGUAUCCGGAUAUCCAUAUCCAGUUGUAACUUGGCAGAGGAACGGAGUGGUUAUAACUCCAGAUAACAGAAUAACCCUGUCUCCAGAUGCCAGUGGAAAGUAUACAAAUGCAGUACUAAACAUACAGAGCUUGCAGUUUGAAGACAAGGGUGACUACUCGUGUACGGGAAGUUCUGAGCUGAACACUGUGACGUCAUCACCUAUCAAGAUUCGAGUCAAAGACAAGUAUGCCGCUGUCUGGCCUUUUAUUGGGAUAGUCGUGGAGGUCCUUCUGCUGGUCGGAAUCAUAGUGGUCUGUGAGAAGAGGGCGAAAAGGAAGAAGGAAGAUACAGAUGUAGUUGACCAGCCUACAGCACGAAGGACCAGUGAAAGGAGAACUUCAGAAGCUCGACAGAGAAUUAUUUCUUCAUAAAAAUCGGAAAACUCUAUUUAAUAUUCUUCGUUUAUUUAUUAUUAAUUACCUGAAUUAACAUUAAUUGAUUACUAGUAGGAAGGUGAGUUGCUUUAAACUUUGAAGUAAGAGAGAUAUGACAAUGGAAGGCGUCGUUUUGUAAGAUUUCAGCUGCAUGUAUUGUAGUUUCAGAUUAACCCACACAAUUUAUACACAUAUUUUUAUCGCAUGUUUAGCAAUUGUUUCAACUACUUUUAAAAAUCUAUAAUUGUAGUGCAUUCCCCAAUAUUCAGUCUAUGACUUGUUAGUGUAUAUUUGUUAGACAAAAAUUAAAAUAUGAAUUAGGUGAUCCUGAAAGGAAACACCAAUUCCGAUUCAAAAUGGUGAUGAAAGAAAAAAAAUCAUGCAUUUAUAUGUAUAUUAGACAUAUGUGUAUUUUUGCUGUAUAAAUUUAUGUGUUUCUUAACUGUGUGAAAUACACCUGUCUGUUCAAUGUUUAUUUUUUAUACCAAGAUUUAACAGUUUUAAUAAAAAUCGUUUUAUUUUU